AGUUCAAUCAUCACUCCAUGCAAUUGAUGUUGACGUCAAGGAUAAGUAAGGGAGAGUCUCUGGUUCGUGAGAGAGUGCCAUAUUUCUGUUAACAAUGUUGCACUUGUGCUACCCAGUGAAAGGCUUGAGAUAGGAGGGCUACCACAUGAGCCUGUCGACAUCCUCAAGUAGACAUCUGCAUAUAUUAGAUUCACCACUUGCUUUUUUUCCCUGAUAAAGGGUUCGAAGAUUCAGAUCAAGUACCUUUCCAUCCUCAUUUCUAACAGGAUGUCUUUCAUUGCACAAGUCAAGCUGCAUCAUGGCCAAGUCAAUCACCUCAACCAUGAACUCUUACCCUCUGGACUCAAAACAGAUAAAGAGCAGCUCAAAUCCUGCCUCCUUCUCGAUUCGAGUCCAUAGUCGCAAUCUACAAACAAUGUACCUCGAUAUCAACUUAACUAACAGUUAAGUUCAGACAAGAAAAGAAAAAUGACAAUCCUCAGUCUAAUCGCCCUCGCAAUCUUCCUCCUCAUCCUCACAUACAAAAACAUCCCCUUCAUGUGGCUUAUCCGCAACCUCCAAGUGCUCAUCCUCCGCCGGUACCUCUCUCCCAUCCACCGCACCCAACUCACCCCGGAAUGCCUCUUCCUCCCCACGAUCCACCGCAGCCGCUCCCCACUCACCGAAUGCGACCACAACAUGCACAAGUCCAACUCGACCUACUUUUCCGAUCUCAACAUCUCCCACGGAAACAUCGGCCUCACCCUGUUCAACCAGUUCCUGGCCUUGCGUCCGGGGGCGGGAUCGGCCUUCCCGGCUCUCGGCGGCGUGCAGUGCGUCUUCCACCGCGAGAUCAAACCGUACCAGGCGUAUGAGGUUUGGUCGCGCGUACUCAGCUGGGACGAGAAAUGGAUAUAUAUUGUUUCGCAUUUUGUGGAGCCGGGUGCAUUUCGUCCGAGACGAUUCUUCUUUCAGCGUAAAUAUAUCUAUCUACGUAGUAGAUGCUCAUCAACGGAAAGAAAGAACCCGAUCUUUGCGUCCUCGAUUGCGCGGUUUGUCCUGAAACAGGGACGAAAGACGGUCCCGCCGGAGAUUAUGCUGGUCCAGUGUGGCUUGUUACCUGGGAAAGAGGCGAGUUCGAGGGCGGACUUGGUUGUCAGGCAAGUAAUUGAGGAGCGGCGGCGGAGGGAUUUGGAAACGGCACAGUUACGAUUAGGCUGGGAUGCAGUGCGGGAGGCAUUUGAGGGGGAAGGAGUGACGGUUUUAUCUCGGUAUACUGAUUUAAUUUGAGGGAAGCAGUACUUUAUAAGUAGUACUUUACAAAGAGCCUGAGUUUAGGAAUUAAAGUACGCGCCAACUGGAGAAUUCGACCGAUCCUUGACCCACUGAAGUGAAGAGAGAUCGACAAUCUCCAGAUCAUUUACGAAUUGAUGUAUAAACUAAUGAGAGAAAAGCCAACUAUUAUUAGAUAGUU